GAAACCCCCACAAUCCGGUACCGUGUACUGUACCGAAUAGUUUUGGGAAAACGUCGCGUUUAGGUCCGCAAUGAUCGUGUAAGGCUGGCUUCGUAUGGUGCUGGUUAUUUGAAUUUGUUGAUGUUGCUGGGUGCUUGUGUAUGAUAAUGGCGACAGGUGGACAGGAAGCCAAUGAGGAGAGUUUUCAGGACAUUGACCCGUACACGGAAGCUGUACAGGGGCGAAGGGAACAGCUUUUUGGACAAAUCAAACCCAGUAAUUUGGCACGGUACUUACUGGAUACCUCAAAAUAUGAGGAGGAACAGCAAUACAUCCGUGAGCUGACCAAGGGGCCCAUGGCUGAUUCAAGCGUAGUUCAGCUUUUGCAUUUGAUUGUUAGCAGGGGGUUUCUAGAUUUGAUAAUGUACCUGCAACAGGAUGGUCUUCCCGAUCAAGCUGCCCAGCUUCAAACUGACGUCGUCAGACGUCUGCAAGCCCAAACCAAGGGAGGAGAUAUGCCGGACUACGAGGCGUACCGACACAGGGGUGUUCGUGAGUACUUCCAUUUCAUCAAGGAAGAGGUCAGCUCAGAUUGGAAAGACCUGGCCUUCCAACUUAGAUUUACCCGUGCAGACACUGAUAACAUUGCCAGUCGAAACCGAGAUGACAAGUCUUGCUGUAUGGACCUGUUAGAGGAAUGGCUCAAGCGUAACGGAGACAGAGCUACCCUAGAGGUCCUGGUGGAGGCCCUGUCUAAGGCAGGGUUACAGAGUACUGUAGACGGGCUGAACAGCAGAUAUGGAGCAUCCAGGGCUAGGUUGAGUGACAACAGCGCCUGUGCGCAAGACAAUGAAGGUCCCAUUGGAAGCAGUUCCGACGAGGAAAGUCUACAGGAAAACCUCAGACUACUGAGGAUCAGCGACACAAUCUUUGACGAGGAAGUAAUCAAUGAUCCAGAAAAACUUGAGCGCAUGCUGUUAGAUUUCAAGAUACACGUUGAUGGGGCAUUGCCCUACUUCAGAUUGUCUUGCAAAGCAAAGUUGCGAGUCAGGAGAAGAACCAAACGCCAUUUUAGGAGGACACACCGCGUGGUAUUUAAUCGAUUUGAAAGAGAAACGGAAGGCUAUGGCAAGAUGGUUGAGUGUUUUCGAAUGUACUGUGCAACCCUGAAGAAGAUUGAAGACGGCUGUGUCCUCUGUACUCUUGAGUUUGAUGACAUACCGGCUUUGACGUCAUUUCUGAGAGGCUACCGGGACGGAAAGUUGUCGAAAACGUUGACAAAAGAACUCAUCACAGAGGAGAUGAAACAGGCAGAAGGAGCAGACCUCUACGUCCAUGUAACAUUGAUGGUUGGCAAAGGCACAACGGGGGCAGGUGUUGAAGCUGGAGAAAUAAAAAGGGAACCAAUGAUCCAGAUAAAUUACACCACCACCACCAACAUCACGAAUAUCAGCGUCAAUGAAAGCAAAAACGUCGUGGUUGGAGAUCAGAACACCAUGCAGGUAUCACAGGGUGAGGUCCUCGACAUGGAUGGAGGCUACCCGGCAGGGGAAGAACACUACGCGACAGGGGGAGGCGACUACCCGGCAGAGAGUAGAGACAACACGCCAGAGGAGGAGGGGCCUGACAGAGGGCAACCGAGAAGCACCAGGGUCGAUAAUGACGACGAUGACGUCAUCAUCCUGGAACAGUAUGAAGACGAAGACGAGGCGACUGCACCCAAACACAUCGCAGGAGUACGUGGAGGAUACUGGACAGAGCCAAAGCGUGUGGACAGCGGAGAAGACUGGGGGACCCGCCCCAAGGAGGUGUGCAGCGCCGAUCACACACGGGAGAAAACACUUGCCGCAGAAAGCCUGAACAGUGAAACUGGGAGAGAACGUCUAGGAAAACAAGGGACAGGACAGACAGACGACUGCACUGAUCCAAAGGAACUGCGAUCUCAGUCGCUCGACUCAGAUGUGGUUACAGACUUUGUACCAAGGGAAAACCCACACGAACAAUUGGCUCUGCGUAACUACCAGAAAGAGUUGGCGGAACCAGGCAUCCAAGGGAAGAACACUAUCGUGUGCGCUCCAACUGGAAGUGGCAAGACUCAUGUCGCUAUGUACAUCAUCAAAGAGCACCUGGACACGCGCAUCUUCAUCAAGAGUGGCGACCAUAAGGGAACCGUUGCCAAAGUCCUUGUCCUCACCCCAGAAGUCACCAUCUUGGACCAGCACUACAGGACCUUCUGCAGGUUCUUGCCGCUCUACCGCACAGGCAAGCGCAGUGGGUCAUACGUGACGAAGAGGCCAUUUGAGGAUAUCGUGGAGUCCAAUGACAUCACCGUGGCAACUCCACAAAUCCUGCUGAAUGCGCUCCUUGAGAAGACUGUAAAGAUCACCGACUUCUCCCUCAUCGUGUUCGAUGAGUGCCACCACACAAGGAAGGAUGCCUCCUACAACAAGAUCAUGGCGGAGUAUCUGAAGAUCAAGCUAGCCGACCCCCUGCCGCAGGCAAACCUUCCACAGAUAGUUGGCCUCUCCGCCAGUCCAGGCGCAGGAGGAAAACCAAAUCUUCCGGCUGCUGAAAAGCAUCUCUUAGACCUCAUCGCCAGCUUGGACGCAGAGGUCUUCAAAACGGUGGAGUUUCCAGGCAACAUCGCAGAGCUGGAGGAUGAGGUGAACACGCCGAGCAAGCACGUACUCGUAACCGGCUCCCGGCCGAUCGACCCCUUCAGGGAGACUGUGGAGGGGGUGAUGACAGAGAUAGAGGGCCUGCUGCCGCCGGAUCUUCAACUGCAGUACAGCGGGCCGAAAGGAGUACAGGAGUAUCAGUCGGCGGUAGACCUGGUGAACGGAAAGGCUACAAACGAAAGGAACACGGAGGUGAUACAUCAGUGUGACCAUCUGUUAAAUUACAACAAGGCCCUACAGAUGAACAACACAGCGCGUAUGAAGGAUGCUAUGGGUAUCCUGACAUACUUCUAUGACAAGCUGAAACAAAGGCACAAGAUCUCAGUUGUGGAAAGACAGUUGCUGGAUCUCUUUGAAGCAAAAAGCAACCAACUUCGUGCCAUCAGCCAGAGGGAGGAUAUGUACCCCAACCCAAAACUGGUGAAUUUGGAGAAGGAAAUUCUGAAGGCCAGACAAGAGUUUGAGGAAGACCUUAGAGGCAUUCUCUUCGUGAAGACCCGUGCCCUGGCCCAAGCGAUGCUCAGCUGGGUGCGGGAGACGCCUGCGCUCACCUUCCUGAACCCCGGGGUCCUGACGGGAUCUGGAGGUGAAGACGUCGGCAGGCUGACACACGGACAACAAGUAGACGUCAUCCAAAAGUUCAACGAUGGGAACCACAAGCUGCUCAUCGCCACUAGUAUAGCUGAGGAAGGUCUGGACAUCCGAGACUGCAACAUGGUCAUCAAGUACAACUACGCCACCAAUGAGAUCGCCAUGGUCCAGGCACGUGGACGCGCACGCGCGGCAGAAGGGAGGGAGUUGGUGAUUGCUGACGUGCAUAUUGCUGAGAAAGACAGGGUGAACGCCCUGACGGUGGAAGUGUCCGAGAAGGCCAUCAAGAACGUUCAAAGCCAACUGCACAACAGCGACUUCCAGCAGAAAGUCAGGCAACUGCAGCUAAAUAUGAUUAAAGAAAGGGAGGAAAGGGAAAAGCAACAGGAAAUUAAAAAGGGGUUGUAUAGAGCUUCUGAAGUGAAGCUUUGCUGCAAGGGGUGCCUUGAGAUGGUCUGUUAUGGCAGCGAGUUGAAGUUGGAUCGUAACAAUCACAUCUAUCCCUCCCAGAAAUGGGAUAAAGUAGAGUUCAGACAGCACGAUAAGAAAGAGAAGCAAGAUCAAGGGAUUAGAAAAAUCCACUGCAAGAAAUGUGGUUCCGACUGGGGCAACACCUACAAGGGCUAUCCCUGCCUGAAAAUCGUUAGUUUUAACGUAUUCCUGCCGGACGGCACAAUGGUGAAUAAGAUUAAGAAGAAGCUUAAGUGGAAAGAUGUGCCGUUUGAACUGGAGAGUAUGUCAGUCUGAACCUAUCAUUUCAAUGCCAAGGGGAACAUCAAUGGCACUGUUUGUUUUUAUGGCACUGUUCCCUUAGUAAACCAAAUUUAUUUCAUUGGAUGCAUUGGUCCUUUCAUGGAUAUGGCAUAUGCUUCAAUCGGUCAAUGUAACAUUAAUGUACUUUUCUCCAGCGAUAUGUUUGUAGUGUUUACAGUGUCAUCAACUUUUUUUCUGAUAUUUUGAUUACCUAUCACACAACUGGUUCUUACUCGACACGCACUAAAUUUCGCUCGUUUAUAAAGUUUUAUGAUGAAUUUCCGUAAGGGGUACAUUUCUACCCCAGUCCCCCCAGUAGGAAGUCAACUAAUCUUUCAUUUACCUACUGUUACUAGCCUCACUACUGUUGUAGCGUAACGUCUUAUCUUUAGCAACAUUAAGAUUAUUCAUGUCUUUAAUUUUGUAUAGUUUGUGACAGAUAAAAACUAUGACAGAUACCAUUGCGUGCCUUUGCUUUGUCCCGAUAUGAUAGAUGUUGCUGCAGUAUUUACGUUCCCUUGUUAGCACGCACGGCGCGGCAUUCCUAAGUAUGUGCCGUUCGCCAAAACCAAGGUGUACAAAUUGAUCAGAGUAGUGACGUAUACGGAUGAGGGUUACGAACUGUCAGAUAUUGAUUCAAUUUUAUGAUUCAUUUUAAUGGAUCCAUGGAGUAUUUAAUGACAAUAUUUUGCAGCUAUAUUUUAAACGAAAAGAUAUUAUACAAAAGCAAGGUAGUGUGUACGAAAGGAUGAAUAUGCAAGUGAGAUAAUUCACCUAGUCUAGACAGGGAUGAUACAUAUUUCAUAAAACUGUUAAAUGUACAUGAAGUUAGAUUACUCCUCCAGUAGAAUAGCCAAAAUGCGUCUCUCUUCUGUAUAUUUUGGUGAAUUAGAUGCUGCAUGUACAAUUCUGACAAUAAAAGUCUAUUAAUUGGUCUUA